CAGGCGCAGAAUCCAAGCACCAAACUUCUGCCACAAAUGCGGACUAUAGACAUCAAACAAAUAUUAAAGUUGGUUGGAAUCUGAGCUACAACAUAAAACAAAGUCACUUUUCCCUCUCACUUCUUUAAAAACAUGUUCUUUCUUUUUUUAUUUGCUUUUCCCCAUAAUCCCUAUCCUGGUGGAGCAGCGGCUCGGAGCUCGGCUGUUUGACGGGGUUGCGUGAUAGGUGUCCGCGCGGGCACGUUUGUCCCCGCGAGGCUGUGGCGCACGCACGUGCUUUCCUAACCGGGCAUCGAGCGGAGGCUGUCAGCCUGACCGGCAGGAGCAGCGCGCCGCCGCCGACCGGGACUCUCACCCCCACCCAAAAACACCCCAAAAAACACGGAAACACAGGCGCGCUUUCAGAGCUGUUCGCGUGACACUGCGUGUUAUUUAUUAAUAUCGCGUGCGUGUCAGCGCGCGGAGGUCGGACUGGUUCGGCUGAGAGAAGCGCAAGAAAACACGCAAAAACACUCCCGGACUGUGUGUGUUUUUUUUUUUUUUUUGCGUUUUCUUCCUGUCAGGCAGCGCUCCGGGAGCCCGGGACCGGCGGGACCGCGAUCCGCUGCGGGGAUGAGAGCACACUAGAGUCAGACCGGAGCCCGACGCGUUCGCUUCUGUCGCUGGAUUUAUUUGUGUGGAGGAGCAGGAGACCCGAGCGGAGCGCAGAAACAAGUCUUCCACCUCUCCGCGCUUCUCUCCCUCCCUCCCUCCAUAUCUCUCUCCAUCUAUCAAUCUGCCCUCCUCCUCUCUCCAUCUAUCCCUCCGUUUGUUUCCAUGUUUGUAGGUCCGUGUGAUUUUGCUAAAAUGCAUCAUCAACAGCGGAUGGCAGCUUUGGGAACAGACAAGGAGCUGAGUGACUUACUGGAUUUCAGCGCGAUGCCAAACAGCGAUUUGAAAAUGUUCCCAACAUCCAUGAUGUUUUCCCCUCCCGCUAGCAGUGGAAAGAACGGACCAACCUCCCUGGGGAGCGGACAUUUCUCCGGCUCAAGUAUGGAGGAGAGGACAAACUCAGCGUCAUGGGCCAGUGGAAGCCGCUCCUCCAAGAGUUAUGCUGAUGGCUCGCAGUACAUGGCGUCACAUGACAGCCUCUCCCCUCCGUACACCAACUCCCGGCUAACAGGUAAAACAGAGAGGAGCUCGUAUUCGUACAGCAGGGAAUCCAACCCGCACUGCCACCAGUCCAUACUGGGGGGUGAGAUGGGUUUGGGGAGCCCCGGGGCGUCGUCACCCACCAAGCCGGCCGGUCAAUAUUACCAGCACUACAGCUCCAACCCCCGGAGGAGAACGCUACACAUGGACACCAUGGAGAUCCACACAAAAAAAGUGCGAAAGGUCCCCCCCGGCCUGCCGUCGUCAGUGUAUGCUCCGUCUGCCAGCACAGCCGACUACAACAGGGACUCACCGGGCUACCCCUCCUCCAAACCCCCCAGCGCCGGCUUCCCAAGUUCCUUCUUUAUGCCAGAUGGCCACCACAGCGGCGACCCCUGGAGCAGCAGUAGCAGCAGCAUGAGCCAGCAGGGCUACCACGGCAGCAUGCUAGGGGGCGGGAACUCAGCCCAUGGCUCCUCCCAGAGCUCGUCCUACUGCGGGAUUCAUCCUCACGACAGACUGAGCUACCCCUCACAUUCAUCUACAGACAUCAGCUCCAGCCUUCCCCCAAUGUCCAGCUUCCACAGAGGAGGAGGUGGGGGGGGAGGCGCCAAUCACUAUAGCACUGCCUCUUGUACAGCCCCCACCAACGGCACAGACAGCGUGAUGGCUAACCGAGCACAGAGUGGAGCAGCCAGCAGCUCUCAAACAGGAGAUGCCUUAGGGAAAGCACUCGCAUCAAUCUACUCUCCAGAUCACACAAACAACAGCUUCUCAUCCAACCCCUCCACCCCGGUCGGCUCACCACCCUCCCUCACAGCUGCCAGUUCAGCCGUGUGGUCGAGGAACGGCGGGCAAGGAGCAUCUUCGCCAAACUACGAGGCUCCACUGCACUCUCUGCAAAGUCGUAUUGAGGACCGUUUGGAGCGUUUGGACGAUGCCAUCCAUGUUCUGCGGAGCCACGCGGUUGGACCAUCGACAGGCAUGGCCGGUGGCCACGGCGACAUGCACGGGCUCAUUGGGGCUGCACACACGCACAAUGGCGCCAUGGGAGCUCUGAGCAGCGGAUACGGGACGGGACUGCUAUCAGCCAACAGACACUCCCUCAUGGUGGGCUCUCACAGAGAAGAUGGCGGCAGUUUGCGCGGAGGACACUCGAUGGCGGGCCAGGUGUCGGUGCCUCAGCUGCCAGUUCAGUCAGCCACUUCGCCGGACCUCAGCCAGCCGGACCCGUACCGCGCUCUGUCCGCAGGCCUUCAUGGCCAGAGCGCCUCCUCCGUCAGCUCGGAGAUCAAGUCAGAGGACGAGGGAGAUGAAAACCUCCUGCAGGACUCCAAAUCCCUGGACACCAAGAAGGAGGACAUUGACAGCAAGGAUCUGAAAUCUAUUGAGAGUAACAACGAUGAUGAGGACUUGAGUCCGGAACAGAAGAUGGAGAGGGAACGGGAGCGGAGGAUGGCGAACAAUGCGCGCGAGCGCCUGCGCGUCCGUGACAUCAACGAGGCGUUCAAGGAGCUGGGCAGGAUGGUCCAGCUGCACCUGAAGAGCGACAAGCCGCAGACCAAGUUACUGAUCCUGCACCAGGCCGUGGCCGUCAUCCUCAGUCUGGAGCAGCAAGUUCGAGAGCGAAACCUGAACCCCAAAGCGGCCUGCCUGAAGCGCCGCGAGGAAGAGAAGGUCACCGUCACCUCAGACGGGACUCCCCUCUCGCUGGCUGCCGCACACCACGCCGCCGCUGCCAUGGGAGACGGACCAAAUCCCAUGGGACAAAUGUAAAACGCAGCAACAUCUCCUCCCCCUGAAUGGUCCAAGGUGCCAGAGUUUAUCAAGAUGAUGAGCGACCACUUCCUCUGACGGAGUUUCCAUGACAACCUGGCGAUCGAUCAAACCCGUUGUUGCUUAAGCCCGACCGAUCCUUGUCUCUGGAGCUUUGGCCUGACCAAUCAGAUCUGCUGCGAUUCCUCCACUCAUCUGUCCUUCAAUCCUGCUCUCCGUCAUCUCCUCCUGGUUCUGUAGAGAAAACCAACCGCAUUCGUCGCUCUGCACCUCUGUCUGAAGUCAACCCACAGCUGCUUCAGUCGGGACGCAGCAGCAGAGCGAAACUUUCUGACAGAAAACAGACAGAAAUCUUUGGGAUCACAAUGUUCAAAAAACUCCUUCUCGUUUUACGUGUUCUAUCAGCAUUCCCAGUUCUCAAGAACAAAAAAGUUAUAUAUAUAUAUAUAUAUAUAUAUAUGUAUAUAUAUAUAUAUAUAUACAUAUAUGUAUAUAGUUAAAAAAAGCGCGACUUGACACGGACAGUGAGCAGGUUGGGGAGUGGAACAAAACAUAUCACAAAGUGUUUAAAGAGAUUCUUCUUGAAGCAACACUGCGCAGCUGUGGAACGCAGCCUCUGAACGGCAAUCUGACGCCACACUGUGGACGAAGCUGUGCCUGAUCUCUUCUUGGAUGCAAUGUCAGAUUGAUGCACACAGGGAGAAGUACAAGGAGAAAAGCAACAAGAAGGCUGCACACUCAGACACUCCUUUACACACUUUCACUGACAAACUGCUACAAAGAGGAAGAGUUUAGGGAGCAAAUUCUGCCAGAACCUCCACAGAUGCUCGACUAUCAUAGACAGAGGCAGGGCUGGAGGAGAGGGAUGACCUGUUCUCUUCGUCUGACACAUUCCCUUUGAAAAGGCUUUCUCAUCUCCAGUGUAAAAGCAGUCUGGAGGUCUCAUUUUUUAUUUGUUUUCAUGGCAUUUUCCAGACCUGUACAGACGUUUGUCUUUAUAGUUUGAACACUAGUUAAAGGAAGAAAAACACUUGAGCCUGUUGGCGUCCAGAGGGCCCCUGAAUCCACUCAGAAGAAGUCUUAGAAAGUCGAUCUUAAAUCAGAAGUCAAUCAACCUUUGAGGGACACUGGUGUAGUAUGAGGAGAAAGCCCCAUUAGAGACGUGAAGGCAAUCUGAUUGACAGCAAAAGAGGUGUACAUCUAGCAAAAGGAAGGAGGGAAAACAGAGGAGCAGAGCUAAAACACUUGAUCAGUUAUCCAAGAGAAUCUGGCCACAGAGAAAAAAUAUGGCGCUCGAAAAUUAAUAGACAGAAGUCUCUCCCCGUGCUGAAGCCGGUCGCAAAAAAAAACAUAAUUUCCAUCCAUCCAUCAUUGGCCGGAAGUCUUCAACCAGAACCCCCGUGUUAAGCUUUUGAUUUUUUUUUGCUAUUUUUUCUCCGUGACACUCUCUGUCACAGAGAAAAGCAGCAUUUCUCCAGCUUUUUCUCCAGAGGUAAACAGGUCGUACAAAUCUGAACACGUGUUAAUAUGGACUUGACAGGAAUAAAAUAAUAAACGUUCUCUGUCCAUUUGAAGCUCAUCUUCACUCUAAACUUCUAGACAGUUACAGGUUAUUCACAUUUAAAAGCUUAAAGCUGAUAGUUCUGAAAUGUCUUUAAAAUAUCCUUUUUGUAAGGGUUUCCUAAAGUUUAGAAAAUUCCUGCUUGCGUAACCGGCUAAAGUUGGGUAAUUUCCGCUUCUGGCUAAAGAUUGAUUCUGGCGCCAUCUUGCAUGUGACCAGAGGACCCUGGAGUUCUCCUGAUUUCAGAGUGGCUCUGUUUGAAUACAUCACUUCUGUUAAGGAGGACAGCCAAACAGACUAGAGGGGGAGACAAUUCCUGGGACAGUUGUAGGGAGGGUUACAUUCUGACUGACUGUCACCCUGGAAAUCCUUCAGCUUAAACUUUACCAACAUUCAAGUCUGAUAGAAACUAAGGAUGUAACAAUUCUUCAUGAAUCGGUAAAAAAACGAUUCAAACUCGUCAACAUGUUCAUCGAUGUUUUUUCUCGGCCUGUGCCUAAAUUUAGAAAAAUGCAGGGGGGGGUUGUGUUGUGCUGGAGCGGAGCGGCCCAUCACACAUGGAGCACAACAUGAACCGAGUAUGAAAGGAUUUGUGAUCAUUUCAGUAUUCUGUAUAGUUGUUUAUUUGUAUUGUAUCCUUUCUGUUAGGAAAACAGACAGUUUGAUGUAAGGGGAAAAAGAAAACAGACUUGGCCUUAAAAUACCUUUAAUUCAUUGUGUUGAGUGAAAACAGAAAACAUUGAAAUUGUGACUUUAAAACUGUCAAUGGAAUUGAAUGGAAUGACAGCUUGACUGAAUUGUUACAUCCCUAAUCAAGACUUUUCCACACAGGUGGAGAAUUCUGCUUGGUGGAGCCAAUCAUUUAGCUAAAGUGGUGUUGGUGAACAUCUCACCAGUGCUGCCAAGAGGAGCAUUAGCACAAGUGUAACCUCUGGAGCAUCAGGUUUGCUUCUGCAGCUUCAAAGCUGCUCACUUAGUUGUGUGGUUGAGAGUCAGAGAGAAACUUUCUAGAUUUUUCCAGUUUGACCAUCAGGAGAAUGAAGUCCCCCCAGCUUGACUGACAGUCCGCUCAGUGAAUCAAUCAGCAGGACUUCCUGAGUGUUGGAUUGGGUCUGGUGCUGCUCCCUCUCUCCACGUGACACCAUCAGAACACCAGACGAUUGCAUUAGUGUACCGUUUCCACUAUCAUCCCAGAGUUCAGUGUCAGCCUCUUUCAUCUCAGUUCAACCCCCCAGACACAAGCCUUACGAGCCCUGAACCAGAGCCCCCCAGCCCUCCGCCCCGCCCACACGUCCCACAGAUGCAAUUUGAACAUUCACACUCGUACCAAAGUGCCUUUUUAGAGUUCAUAUCAUUGGAGUUGCCAGAGAAGGACAUUAACCUGGUCUUUUAAUAGGAUGCAAGCUUAGGGAAACCUGUUCUUAGUCGCUAGGUUCUAUGCAGUCAGGUUUUUUACCAGACCUGGGAAUUUAAAAAAAGUUAAAAAGGAAAAAAAAGUAUUUUUUGGAUAAAAAAAGUAAACUGUAUUUAAUGUACUGUACGCUUAUAUGUAAGUAGACAGUGUGCUCUGACUUGGAGCCAACAGAACAGACGCUUGAUUUAGCAAGAAUAGACCCCCCCAUGGUCCUCCAUAACCCUGACCAGACGUCCCUGCUCCGCCCCCACACACCUUUUUCCACGGUCUCUUCUUGUAUUAUAGCUUCUCAGCUUUUUAUGGAUAUUUGAUGGGCUGGUUUGUAAGCCAAUGUAGUCUUCAGUACUGUGUGUGGUCGUUCGUUGUAAAGCAGGUUUAUUUUCCUCUCUCUCUGCUCUCUUUUUUUAACAAAGACUCUUUUCUCCUAUUACUUUUUUUGUCUGUUCUGGUUUACAUGUCGAAUUCAAAAAAAUCUGUAAAGAAAAAAAAAACAAAAGAAAAGAAAGAAAACAGAAAAAAACUACAAUAACUGAAAAAGAGAGAACACAAUCUAGUCGACUGCAGCGAUAUCUGUCGGCGACCGUUUUGAAGUGGCUAAAAUCCCAACCAUUCGACAGGAAGGCACAGAAACUGGAAAAGAAUUUAUUUGAAUAAAUCAGUCUAUAUAUAAAUGUACAAAAAUAUAUACAGUAUAUGACAAGGGUGCCGAUUCUGUCUUUUUUAUUGUUCUUAUCAGUUGCAGAGAAGUGUUUUUUGGUGAGGACUGGUUUGGUCAGAGACUGAGCUGGCAGACGUCAGCACGGCCCCUCAGUGUUAUAAAUUAAAGGACUUUAUUGAAUUCACGGUUGUUGCCAUGACAACACUCUGCUCGGGACAGAACGGGACCGGAUCAGCUCCAUCUACUGCGCUCGAUUCAAGGCAACAACACACAGACAUUUGUAAAUUGUAUGCAACAAAAUGGCAAACUUUACCAUUAUUUUGAAAUUGUGUACGUAAAAGUUAUAUUUUUACAUGUAGACUGUUUUGUGUUUUAGAAAUACGUUGUAUGUUUCUUUUUCUUUUUUUGUUAAAAGAUGAAAAAGUAAAGUUCAGUAUGUGUUUAAAAAAUGUCACAUUGAAACUGUAGUGCGGUCAAGAACUUUUUGCUUUGUUUUUUCUGUAUGUGGGAGAUGUUUUUUGAGGGUUCAGUGGAGCUGUUAGAUCUACAAGAAACAUGUUUCUUUCCGUUCUACACGCCUCAUAGCAUUACCAUUUUCAGUUGUAUGUUUUUGGCAGACGUGUGUAAAUAGUCCUCAUCCAUUUAUCAGUGGGGUGAAGAUUUAUCAGUGAGACACGACGAUGACGAAGAAGAACAAUUUACGCGUGAGGUUGUAUUUGACCCGGUACAGUAGGCGGGGGCAAUCUUUGGUUUUGGUCCGUGGUGCUCAGUAGUGUUAGUGCUUCUGGUUGCCGACCAUCUAAAGUGUAAGUCAAAGAGUUGUCACAGCUCACACCAAGCAUCACUUGUUUCAAAUCAGUCGUGAUUUGAAACAAACGAGAGGGAUUUCUAUCAGUUUUCACCAAAUAAAGAAGUAGGGGUCAUUGAUUUUUUAUUUUUUUUGCAAUAUUAAAACUUUGCCAUGUAUAAGAGUCUUUGGUGACUCAUUUUUUUUAGUCGGAGGAUGUGACAAAAGUAACUUUGGUUCCCAAAGAGAUGAAUCUGUUCUAGCGCCCCCUGGUGGCAGUGAGUCAGCCUUGACUUCUAUGCUUUUCUGUUCCUGGAGUGUGGGUUAACUCUCAGCACCGGAGUCGACGUGAACAUUUUGAAAACAAUUGGAGCAUUGCUGAUCUAAAGGAGAAGGUCGUCUGCAAACAAUCUCUUCAGCUGUUUCCCCAAAAAGAGAUCACAUCAUGUUCUGUGCAGUUUCUGAGUGUUUGCCAUUCAAAAUGAGCUUUUGUCAAAAGGAAAAGCUGCUCUGACUCGGACCUAGGUCGAACACCAGGACUGACUCUGUCAAUGAAAGUGCUCAAAUGUAUUUUUGAAGUUUUGUUUUUGUUUUUUUUUUGCAAUGUUUCAUUUCAUGUUUUCUUUGUUGUAUAAUCAAGUCAUCUCCCGAAUAACAGUAUCUUCAUUUUUAUGUUACCCCUGGUGUUUCUAUUAGCCAAAAUGUUGAUGAUUUUUCUUUUUCCUACCUGUUGUACAUACACGCCUCAUUUCUCUUUUUCAGUGACUGUGCCAUGAGCUUUGUAAUCUGUUACUCUGUACAAGUUUAACUGCAAUAAUGAGUUGAAUUCAAAAUGAC